GGCUGAGUGUUGCGAACAGUUGCGGGAGCGCGUGAGGCGGGAGCUGCCGCGCCGGCACCGGCCGAGGCAGAGUGGCCAUGGCCGUGUCCGCGCCGCCCGUCAUCUCCGCGGCGUCCGGCGGCAGCGGAGGCAGCGGCGCGGGGGGCUUGUUCCGGGCCGAGCCCCUGUACUCGCCCAGCCCCGCCGAGUCGCCCCGGCUCGCCAACAGUCUCAUCAACACUUUCAUCUCGGCGGGCGGCGGCGGGGNCGGGGCAGGCGGCGGCGGGGGCGGUGGCAACGAGUGUAAGAUGGUCGAUCUGCACGGGGUGAAGGUGGCGUCGUUCCUGGUGGAGGGGCAGGAGCUGAUCUGCCUGCCGCAGGUCUUCGACCUCUUCCUCAAGCACCUGGUGGGGGGGCUGCACACGGUCUACACCAAGCUGAAGCGCCUGGAUAUAUCGCCCGUGGUGUGCACGGUGGAGCAGGUCCGCAUCCUGCGCGGGCUGGGGGCCAUCCAGCCCGGCGUCAACCGCUGCAAGCUUAUCACCAGGAAGGACUUCGAAACUUUGUACAACGACUGCACCAACGCCAGCUCACGACCAGGAAGACCCCCCAAGCGUUCUCUGGGAGUUGCAAUUCAAGAAAAUGCACGUCUUCUGCCCCAUGGAGUCCCAGGCCUCUUAUCACCAGGACUUAUCUCCCCGACAGGUCUAACAGCAGCUGCCAUGGCAGAGGCUAUGAAGUUACAGAAGAUGAAACUUAUGGCAAUGAACAGUCUCCAUGGAAGUGGAAGUCAAAAUGGAACAGAAUCAGAGAAUGAAGAACUCAAUUCUAAUGCAGGUGGGAGUGAGUCUUCCUGGGAUAAAGAGAAACUUCAGUCUCCUAUUACAACAGGAUCACAGCAUGGUGUUGGUCAUGCCACACUGUCAGGGCAGUCCAGCCUCGGAAGUGCACAUCCCCUCAGUCCUCUCCAGCAAAAUCACCUACUCACUAACAGGAUAGAUCUGCCAUUUAUGAUGAUGCCCCACCCCCUUCUCCCUGUCAGCCUACCUCCUGCUUCCGUUGCAAUGGCAAUGAAUCAAAUGAAUCACCUCAAUACUAUAGCUAACAUGGCUGCUGCAGCCCAGAUGCAUAGUCCUCUUUCCAGAGCAGGCGCAUCUGUUAUAAAGGAGAGAAUUCAAGACAGUCCUUCUCCUGCUCCAUCUCUGGAAGAUAGUCAGAGACCUGGAAGUCAUGCUUCUUCACAUCAGAGCAGUAGUGUGUCCAGCUCUCCAUCCCAGCUUGACAACACACCAGAUAGAAUUGCUAUGCUGACCAACACUAGAGAUGGAGAACUCCUUGAUCAAGACACUGGGACCAACAUAAAGAAACUACAAAAAGAGAAAGAAGAGGUCCAAAUUGCCAUUCCAAUAAUGAAACCAACCUUAGAUAAAGUCCAACUGGCUGGACAGACCUUGCCUCCUGGAUUUCCUGCACCAUUUCUUUUUGCUGAUGGUCUUUCAUCGGUAGAAACUCUAUUAACCAACAUUCAGGGUCUGUUGAAAGUGGCUGUGGACAAUGCCAGAGUCCAGGAAAAACAGAUACAGCAAGAAAAGAAAGAGUUAAAGAUGGAGCUUUGUAGAGAGAGAGAACUCAGAGAGAGCUUGGAAAGACAACUUACAGCCGAACUGCAAAGCAGAGCAACGAUUCAAAAACGCUUGAAGAAAGAGAAAAAAGCAAAGAGAAAAUUGCAGGAGGCCCUGGAGUUUGAAUCAAAGCGAAGAGAACAAGUGGAACAGGCACUUAAACAGGCCACGUCAGGAGACAGUCUCAGGAUGUUAAAUGAUGCUGGGAUCCCAGAUAUGGAAAUAGACCACAAUGGAACCCAACAUGACAGUGCUGCAAUGCAAGAAAACAGAACAUACAUCAAACCUACUAUUAUGUACUGAAGGAAACUCCUAUUGUUGAAAAAUGUAUAAUGAUCACUAUCUGAAGACUAUAUAGUUCAUGAAAAAUGUCCCUACCAACCUUUGAUGCCUUCAGUGCUGUAUGAAGAAAAGGAUUUGUAGCAUGAAACUUGAAGGACAAUUUCAAGCAAUUUACUGUUGCUGCAUCGAAAACUGCCGUAUUGUCAUUAAGAAAUAUUGAGACUUUUUACAAGCUUACCAUACCAAACCAAGCCUGUUGCAACAGAUCAUUUUUAGGUCCCAGAAGAUAGAAAGAAGUUUUAGUAUUUUUAAGCACAUACAGGAAUUAUUCCCCAAAAAAGAACUAAUUUUUUUUAAGGAGGUAGCGAUUACUGUAUAGCAAUGGCACAACAAUUUUAAGCCACAAAGGUCCUCACUGGCUGUACAUCAUACAAGUCCAGUUUAUCACUGAAACUGUCCAACAUGGAGCUGUUUCAAUUGUGUUUAUAAAUUAAGCUUUGUUUACUAAGCUGAUACUCCAUAUAUAUUACGUUUUGAAGAGAAAUGUGUGUACAUUUUUUAAAACAAUGAUGUAAAAAUUGUCCUUUCAUUAGAUGACCAAUUAAAGAGUGUGAGCUAAACCCUAAUAGCUGAUGUAAUAUGAGGAUUAUAAUUGAUGCUUUUUUAUGCUCAGUUCAGCUUGGCUUUUGGUCUUUUAAGAUGAAAAAAUGAAUAUGCAGUAGUGUUAGAAAAUGAAAACUUUUAAGUAUGGUUUCUCUGUUGUACCAUAUUAAGUUAAAGUACACAUUCUUUGUUAAAAUGUUCUUGCUAAGAAUACAGUAUUAAAAACUUUUUGUUUGACUUUG